GCUUAAAGCCGAUGCACCAGUGAGCUUUAAGUUAAUUCAUUGAACAAAUAUUAGACCUCAAAGAAUUGUUAUUUAUAAGUGUUAUAUAUCUUCUAUUUUAAAUGUUUCUAUUUUUGUUAAUAUUUUAGUUAUUUACAAGAGACAACAAAGAGUACAGCAAAAUGAUAUAUUUCAAUAUAUGUUUUUUAAUUAUAACCAACAUUUGUGUCCUGGUUAUUUCGGGACCAGCAUCUACAGGCUCCCACAGCCAUUCAAUAAAUAAAGAAAGAGUUAGUGAUGGUGCUUAUAUUCCUAGAGAUGCACAUCAUAUAGAAAAUGGUGAACAUCAUACAGAAUUUGAUCAUGAAGCUAUAUUAGGGAGUACUAAAGAAGCUGAGGAAUUUGACCACCUUAGUCCAGAAGAAUCUAAAAAACGAUUAGCUAUAUUGCUUAAGAAAAUGGAUUUAAAUGGCGAUUCACAUAUACAAAGACAUGAACUGAAAGCUUGGAUUCUGCGGUCAUUCAAGAAUCUCUCAGAAGAAGAAGCAGCUGAUCGUUUUGAAGAUUCAGAUUUAAAUGGCGAUAAUAUAGUCACCUGGGCAGAAUAUGUUAGUGACACAUAUAACAUGGGUGAUGAAGAAUAUUUAUCAAAAGAUUCAGUAAUGGAAGAACAUAAGCUAAUGGCUGAUGAUAAAGUGAUGUUUGACGCCGCUGAUGCAAAUAAGGAUGGAAAGCUUGAUCCAAAUGAAUUCAUAGUUUUCAACAAUCCUGAAGAGCAUCCACAAAUGUUGCCCAUUAUUUUGCAGCAAACGCUAAACGAAAAGGAUACAAAUAAAGAUAAUGUGAUAGAUUUUCAAGAAUUCAUUGGAGAUAAAGCUAUUCACCAUGAUAAAGAAUGGCUUAUAGUGGAAAAAGAGAAAUUUGACAAAGAAUAUGAUAAGAAUGGUGAUGGAGUAUUAUCAGGAAAUGAAGUAUUAUCAUGGGUUGUUCCAAGCAAUGAUGAAAUUGCCUUAGAAGAAGUGGACCAUUUAUUUGCUAGUACAGAUGAUGACCAUGACGAUGUAUUAUCUUUUGAAGAAAUUUUAAUACACUAUGAACAUUUUGUUGGAAGCGAAGCUACAGAUUUUGGUGAACAUUUACACAAUGUUCAUAUGUCUGAUGAAUUAUAAUUUAAAAAGAUAGAUAAAUUUUGCUUUUAUAAUAAUCCUAGCUCUUUUU